UCACGCAGGCGUUAGUUCAGGUGAAGUCAGACGAUGGACGGUUAUUAUUUACCUGAACUUAAUGCGAUAGGACAGAGAGUAAACACGGGAUUCAAGCUUUGAAAGUCAAGGUGUGAUGGGGUCAUGGAUGCUGGUUUGGAUUCUGUGUACCACAGUCACUCUGAUGCCUGUGUGUCUUCAUGGAGCAAUAUCGGUCCGUUUUAAAACCGGACGGCUUCUGAAUGUUGCACUCGGCCAAACUCUUGUUUUGGAAGCCAUAUUUGAGAAGGAUCCAGAUGACAAGAUAGACAUGGUGACGUGGGACCGCAAGAGAGCAGGGGACAAUGUCAGACUGUCACAUGGAAACAGAAUAGCUUUGGAGAAGGAAGAUGCACUUCUGCGGGUCACUGAUGUUGCAGAAGGGGACUUUGCGAUCUACAAGGUCACCGUUACAGACAGUAACGGAUACCAGCAGCACGACUCAAUAGAAGUGCGAAAAAUAGUGGAACCUCUAAAGGCGUCAAUUGCGCGUGUGCUGGAAUGUGUUGUGGAUAAUCAUGGCAUGACGCAGUGGGACAGUCCUCAGUUUUCAUGGCUGGUUGAUGGCGUUACAGUAACCAAUCAAACCGCCCUGUUAGCAGACGGCAGUAGACUAGACAUUUCUGAGAUUAAGGGCGUUAACUUCACCUGCAUCAUCAAGAGCAGCCUGGGGACAGUGACUACACAUUAUCAAAUACCAGAAGGUAUUGCUCAAUGCCAAGAACGCAUGGCAUUUUAA